AUGCUUAAUAAAUUGAAUUCUAAUUAUAAAACUAAUGCUCAACUUAUUUCUAAUACUUUAUAUUCUUUAAUUACUUACUCUGAUAAUGAUUGUGAUACUUCUUUAGUUGAAUAUGAAGUAAGUAGUAAUAUUUAUUCUAACAAUAGUUAUGAUAUAUCUUUAGUUGAAUAUAAAGUAAAUAGUAGUACUUAUACUAAUAACAGUUGUAGUACUGCUUUAGUUAAUAAUGUUAGUGGUCAUUAUUCUGCAACAAAUUAUUUAACUAAAACUUUAUAUGAUAAUAAAGAAUUAUGA